AUGACUUCCCCGUUUCAGUACCGCGAUGACUUGGAUCUCAGCUCCAACGUCCAGCAGCUCUCAUGCAGGCCACAGAUCCAGCCAUUCGCCGGCCGCGUAGGUGGCAACCAGGGUUUAGUUCUGGACCGUCAGGAUCCAAGCAAUGCAGAUAUCUUGAAGAAGACGCCCGAUGCGGCGCCCUUGAUGGCAUUUCAUGAUGCUUGGAAUCCAUCUGGGUUUGUGGAUUGGAACCUGUGGCGAUUCGGGCUAGUUGAAUGCGUAGGUACCAUGAUGCUGUCUUUCAUCACAGCCUGGGUCUCGACGACUUCUACAAAUACCCCAACGAGCUCGGUAUCAGACCCGGCGGGGAUCUUCGGUACCCCAGCCUUUCUUGGUCCGCUGUUUGGUGGCAUAAUGAACUGGCUGUUUUUGACAUUAUUCAUCUUCACGUUUUCCUCUAUUAGCGGCAGCCAUUUAAACCCGACGAUCACGCUUGCGACCUUCUUCGCCCGGUUGAUAUCCCUACCGCGCAUGGUCAUCUAUUUGGCUAGUCAAAUAUUGGGUGGGACGCUUGCGGGUUGGAUUCUAGAGGCCGCGUGGGGAUCACGGAACUUCCGCGUAGGCGGUUGCUAUAUCGAUACGCAGCUGGUACCUGUUCGGCAAGCGUUUGUGUUGGAGUUUAUAUGUUGUCUGAUUCUAAUCUUCCUCUCCUUUGGUGUGGGGUUAGAUCCGCGACAGGUGCAGGUGUACGGAGCGGCGCUCUCCCCCUGGUUAGUAGGGUUAGUUCUGGGUGUUGUCAGCUGGGGAUCUGCCUAUACGCGGGUCGGAUAUGAUGGCGCCUCAUUGAACCCGGCGAGAUGCUUUGGAGUCUAUGUGGGAUCCUAUUUUCCAGGGUAUCAUUGGAUUCACUGGGUUGGACCGUUGGCUGCAUCUAUUGGACAUGGGAUGGUGUAUUUCCUGGUACCCCCAUGGAAGGCAUGA